AUGGUAGGAAAGAAUAAAGAGGAGGUGCAAAGGUUGAUAAAUCCAUGCGAAAUUAAUGUUGAAAUUAGAAAUAUUAAGGAAACUAAGAAAGGAAAUAUUGUACUACAGGAGAUAGAAAGACUCAAGAAAUCAGCAGAAAGUAAACUAAAAGGUAGACUCACGUUUGAAAGGGAUGGGGUUUUGUAUGGUAUAACGUGCGUUUACAGACCACCUCCAAUAUCAAAGAAAGACUUCACUCAUGAUUUGCACACUUAUUUGAAGCAUAUUAGUUCUGGUAAUAUUGAAAUAUUUCUGGGGGAUAUUAACAUAAAUAUUCUGGAUAAUAAGGACACUCUGGGACUUGCUGUUGAAACCAACAGAAACAAUAAUUGCCAAAAGAGUAUCAAUUCCAUAAAAAAUAAAACCAUGGAUAAGCAAUGGAAUUAUUUUUUCAGUGAAAAAAGGGAUAAAAUGAACAAGAGACUUCUAGCACAUUUUAGUUUGUCUUUGGAAAAUCAGUACAAGGAUUAUCGUAAUAAACUAAAUAAAUUAAUACGCAAACAAAAGAAUAAUUACUAUAGAAUGCAAAUGGAAAAAAAUAAAAAUAACAUGAAAAAACUGUAUGACGUCAUAAAGGAUGCAACGUACGAAAAGAGUUACAAAGGUCAAUCUUAUAUUUCUAUAAAUGAUAAUGAUGGCAACCAGUUUACUGAUUCUAUUGAAAUGGUAAAUUUUUUUGUAAUGAAUAUUUUAUUGAUGUGGGUGUUAACAUGGAGUGGACAAUUCCCACUCCUCAAUCUGAGUGUAAAUUAG